AUGUACAACCCGCUGGGGCGGGAGCCGGGGAGACGCCGGCCGCUCCCGCCCCGCCGUUAUGGCGGCUGCUCAGCUCCGGAGGAUGCUCGGGAGCCACCUCCUCCUCCUCCGCUCCCCGCCGCGGAGAACCGGCUGCUCCCGCACUGCCCGCAGCAGCACAGAUUAUCUUUCUAUCUAACUGAAGACAAAGGCUCUCUGACUAAACAAGCUGAAGCAACCGUUGCUACAGACUGGGAAAAAAAAUUGACUCCAGAGCAAUACUAUGUUACAAGAGAAAACGGAACUGAACCGCCAUUUAGUGGGACCUAUCUGAAUAACACAGAAUCAGGAAUCUACUACUGCAUCUGCUGCAAUGCCCCAUUGUUCAGCUCAGAGAAGAAGUACAAUUCUGGCACUGGAUGGCCAUCGUUUUCUGAGGCUUAUGGUACUUGUGGCAGCGAUAAAAGUAAUACCUAUAUCAUGAGAAAACCAGAUAACUCAUCAGGAUUAAUUAGAACUGAAGUCAUCUGCAAACAGUGUGACGCCCAUCUAGGCCAUGUGUUUGAUGAUGGUCCCGCACCUUCUGGGCAGAGGUUCUGUAUCAACAGUAUUUCAUUAAACUUCAAACCAGUCUCUGAUCAGAAGCACAGCCCCCUCCCGGCUGCGGCCGGCACAAGUGGCCAGAUUCCCAUGGACCCGCAGACAACCGCCGGCCUUGCGCGGGGCUUUUCCCAAGCGGAGCUGUCCCCACACGCACGUCUAGGGGGCGAAGAAAGGGCUCAG